CAGGAGUUUUCUCGUGGUCGACUUAUUGAAAAAAUGGAGAAGUUUUAUAGAAUUUUAAUCUCUAAACGAAUGAAUUUGCAAAUAUGCACAUUAAUCGCCAUGCUUGAGGCUUAUUCAGACUUGGGAAUUCUCGAAAAAAUGGAGAAGAUGUAUGCCAAGGUUUUGAAUGCAAACGUCUACAUUAAAGAUUAUCUUAUCAGAAAAAUGGCGAAUGUGUACAUUCAGCAUUGUAGAUUUCCUCGGUUAGACGAAUUUGGGAAUGAAAUAGGAUCGAAAAAUGGCAGAACUGAACUGGUUUGGUGCAUCCUUCUCCUUUCUGCGGUCGGACUUUCAAGCAAAAGGGGCAUAAAUUCAAUCAAACAAGAAAUGGUGAGAGGGAAGGUAAGAUUGAGCACAACAUUUACUAGUAUUUUUGCAUUGUUUUAUCUGAAGAUGAGGGAUUUCAAGGCUUUGAAUGCUGUUUUCUCUGAAGCUAUGAAACAAAGAGUUGAACCUGAUAUAAUAAUGGUUGGUAUCCUCUUUGAUGCAUGUUCUGUUGGGUAUAAUUGUAAAUAUGUGUUAGAAAAAUGGAGAAGCUAUGGUUGGCUUGAAGAAACAGCAGAAAUGAGGACUGAUCCUCUGGUUAUGUCUGCUUUUGGGAAGGGGAGUUUCAUAUUGAAGUGUGAGGAGGUUUACACCUCUCUUGGAUCUAAAGCUAAGGAGAAAAAAAUAUGGAAAUAUGAUGAUCUAAUUAAAUUGUUUUUUGUGUGAAUAUCAAAUUAAAGGCUAUUAUUUGGUUUCUUUAUCAAGAUGGUCUCUCAUAU